AUGGACGACGACUACGACUAUUAUAAUUUCUGCUAUAAUGAAUCAACAGAUAAUGUGUGUAUGGACAUAGAAAAACUGAAACCGCCCGCUGAUAGAUCGUCAGUGUCGCGGCAGUCUGAUAGUUUUAACUCAUUUCUACAAACUGCCAUCUCCGCGAUACUUGCCUUCAUAUUCUCAUUGCGAAUUAUUUUGCGAUCUACUCUGAAGAAGAUCACAAAUCACGCAAGCGAUCAGGAGCCCUGCAGCAGUUCUAGCAGUAGCAGCGAUUCGAGUAGCGAGCCGAUCGAUAUUGAGGCAAGUCUCUUGAUUAAUCAAAUCGAGGAAAUGGAAGAGAAAAAUGCCCAGCAUUCACAAGGAAUGCCAUCAGUUCUAUCUCUUCUGCAAACCGAUGAAAUGCCGUCAUCGUGCUCCGAUGAAGAACCUUCGACGUCAGGAACCAUUCCACUUCCAUCCCUGCUUCAAUCCAACAUGAGUGCCCUGCCAAAUUUCCUUCACACAAUCAAUGAGGAAGAAUCGGAUGAAGUAAGAUCUUUGACCGGCAGUAGUUUAGCAUCCCCACGUACUGUUGUUGAUCGCCGAUUAUCCAAUAUAUCGCUUCUCAGUCCAAUUCUCAACGACGACGAUCAGAGCUCAUCGUACUCCGAUCAUUCAGAAGCUGCAAGAGACGUCCCACCGCACGAAGAACAAAGGACGCUGCGAAUUGUUGAAGUCACGCAUUCAUCGCAAUCGGAAGACGACAAACUUGAUCUGCUCAAAGAAUUGGCAAAAAUAGGAACAAAGCAAAACCAGUUACUUGUGACUGAGCUUAUUGAUCAGGUCGACAUUCUGAAACCCUCUAAAGCGAUCGUUAUUCAGAUGCAGCCAUCUACCGAUCAAUCCGAGCCAGUUGUGGAGCAAACGAAAAUUGACGAGGUUCCUGAAGUGCCAUUAACAUCUGCAGUUUUAGCGAUUCCUGAAGAAAUUGAAGAGCCUGACUAUGCGCAGGUGCCAGUGGAAACUGAUGAGGAAAAUGAGGAAGAAACAUCGAAGAAUGAUACGGUCAUUGAAGUGAAGAAGAUGGAGGCUGAUGAGCCGGAACUUGCUGAAAUUGGAGAGCCGCAGAAGGCUGAGGUGGUCACUAUUCCUCCAACGAGUGAUGCUGAAGAUCAAAAGCUCGCUGACGCUGAUAGAGAUCAAGAGGAGGAAUUGGUGUUCAAUGAGGAGAGACGAAAAACAGUCACAUUAGGCGACGACAAUUCUUCGCUACGGUCUGCUUCAAUAACCCUUGAUCCGAAUCGGGAAGAGGUUGAUCUCAACGAGUCAUUUGCUUCGAAUCCAACAGACGAAAGCGCUUUCAUGCAAAGAACCAAGGACGAAAUGGAAGCGUCCGGCCGUCCAAAAUCUCCACUCGAUCUUCCACCGCCGCCAUCUUCUGUUGUGCACCCGGCCGGACCGCCACCACCGCCACCUCCGCCACUUCCAUCACGACCGCCUGUUGAAGAGACAACUACCACUUAUACCACAAAGUCGUGGACAUCAACAACGGAAUCUCACGAAACGCCGAAGAUUCCACUUUCAAAUUUGAGUCCAGCCCAACCACCACCGAGCAUUUUGUCUUCUAAAACUAUUGGAUCGGGAUAUCCAUACUAUUCAUCAGGAAUGAGUGUCCCAAAUGAAGCCCCACCUCCGCCGCCGCCACCAGCCCCAGUAGUGUCGUCGCAGAAUCAAGUGAAUACGACGACGACGACGACGACAUCUUCGACGUAUCAGCCGUAUCAAUCUGGAGGAGCAUCUAGCAAGUCAAUCAGCUCGUCUCGCGAAGACCUACUCUCGGAACACGCCACGUCGCGAUCAACCGUCCGUGAGAUUCCCGUUCAACGGGCACCAUCAACGGCACCAUCGCAUGCUACAAGCAUCCUUGACUAUCGAAUCAUGCCGACUACUACAACAACCUACCAUCACGUUGAAACGCCAACAGACGAAUAUUAUCGACGUGAAGUGAUGACACGAACAAUUAUCACGCGAAGCACUGAAGCUUUAUCUCAGGCUCCGCUCGUAAGACCAACAUCACCUUUGGAUAGAUACAUUCCGUAUACUACAACAACUACCAGUGGUGAUGGUAGAACUAGAGAAGAAAGAACUGUAGACUAUAAGGUUACUUAUCAUCGUGAUAUUGAGGAAGAGGAAAGACGCAUUCGCGAAGAUCAAGCUCGUCGUCGUCAGGAAGAGCAGGAACGUCGCGCUCGCGAGGAAGAGAAUCGUAGAGCUUGGGAGCAACGUGAGCGCGAAGAGCUCCAGCGGCUACGCGAGCAGCAGACAAUGGCUGAGCGCGCAUUUGAAAGAAGUGUUGCUGAAAGAGAGCGCGCUGAAAAAGAGCGCAUUGAAAGAGACCGUAUUGAGCGCCAGAAAGCUGAAAUGAUUCGACGCGCUGAAUGGGAACGUCGUGAAAAGGAGAGAAUUGACGCCGAGGAAGCUGAAUUGGCUAGAAGACGCGCUUUGGAAAAAGAGAAGAUCGAACGAGAGAAGGCUGAAGAAGAAAGAAGAACUCUUGAGCGACUCCAACGCGAAAAAGAACGAUUGGAAAGGGAAAGAGCUGAAGCCGAGCGGUUGGAAAGAGAAAGAAUCGAACGCGAGCGCAUCGAAUUGGAAAGGAUUGAACGCGAAAGAAUUGAAAUCGAAAGAGUAGAGAAGAUCAAGCGGGAACGUUUGGAACGCGAACGACGUGAACGUGAGAAGGAACGUGAAGAGGAGGAACGCCUGCGACGUGAACGCGAAGAAUUGGAGCGUAUUGAGCGCGAACGUCGUGAGCUUGAGAUUCGCGAACGACAGGAGCUUGAGAAUCAACGGCGGGAAGCUGAGGAUCGCGAGCGUCAGCGUCUUGAAGACGAAGCUUGCGAGAUGCGUCGCCGAGAAGAAGAACGUCGCGAAGCUGAACUUCUGGCCGAUGUUCACAGAAAAGCCGAAGAGCGCGAGCGUCUUAGACGGCGUCAAGAGCGAGAGGAAGCCGAACGAUUGGAACGAAUUCGUUUGGAGCAACAGAGAAUUGAUAUGGAACGAGCUGAUGCGGAGAGAAGAGAGCGCGAAAGAAGAGAAGAAGAACGUAGGGAGCUGGAACUCUUUGAAGCUGCUAGAAGAAAGAAGGAAGCUCGUGAACGUGAAAGACUUGAGGAGCUUGAACGUGAGCGGCAGCGUAAUGAGGAAGAACGAAAAGAGCGCGAACGACGUGAGCAGGAACGACGGUUGGCUGCGGAACGUGAACGCCAGCGAAGACAAGAAGAAGAGGAAGAGAUCGCUAGGCUCAAUGAGAUUCAAAGAGCUGCUGCGAUGCGUCAAGCACAAAGAGAAGCUGAACUUCAGAGGCAACGUGAGCGCGAUGAGCUUGACCGUAAAGCGCGUCAACUAUCGGAGCUCGAACAGCGUGAGAAGGAGCGCCGCGAGCGGGAGCGUCUCGCCGAAGAGGCGCAACUCGCCGAGCUACGCGAAAAGGAGCGUCGUAAUCAAGAGAUUCGUGAGCGCGAACGCCGCGAGGCCGCUGAACGCGAGAACAAUCGAAGACUUGAGGAUCGUCGAUCGCGCGAUAAACUUGAUUAUAUUGCUCGCGAGCGAUCCGAAAAGGAAAAGUUUGAAGCGGAGAAACGGCGACUUCUCGCAGAGAAAGAGGCUAUGAACAAGAAGAAGCACCAUCUUCUGAGCCAUGAAACUCUAGCGAAGCUGACUCAACCGUUGUAUUACACUACCAGAGAACCAGAAGUAACGACCAAGGUCGAGAGACAGGUUAUUGAGCGUAUCGAUCGCAAUCUCUGGGUGGAAGAUGUUCCAUUGGGAUCCAGUGCACAAAACGCAAUCUCCUAUUUGGAUAAUGACGAGAACAAUAGAGAUAGAAUGUACAAUCCGAACGAUUUGACUAGAAAUGGAUCUAGCAGAAGCCGCUAUCAUCGCGCCAAAAUGGACAAGGCUCGCCGCGACUUCUACUCGACUGGACAGGAUUCGACAGAUCCACUUUCUGACCGUUUCCGCAAAUCCAAUGACGAUCUCACAUCUCGCUCGCGUCUUGAUUAUCGUGGACCGCUUCUUCAGAAAUUCCACGAAUCAGAAUUCCGCACCACCACUUAUAAUGACACUGAUGGUCUGCCAUAUCGACGAAUGGGACCAAGUCCCUAUGAACAGCCAUUCGCCAAACUUCUCGAAGAGACUGAAAGAAAGUAUGCGUUGUACAACAGCCGUGCCAGCAAUCCAGGACUUUACUCGCGCUCAAGAACUUAUAGCUCCCAAUUUAUGGAUACUAAGGAUAGGAAUACUGAAACUAACAAUAGAGCUGAAUCUGUGGUAGCGUAUGACAGAGAAGCCCGUCGCGAAUCUCCAUCAGAUGCUGCUCACAUUAGAAGCCGCAGCGCUGAUUAUUUAAUGGACAGAAAAAUUCGCGAGGAGACUGAGGUUCCAGAGAAUCAGUUGCAGAAGACUAGAGGAGAUUCCUCCCCAAGAGAGUCCCGAAUCUCAGAAUACGAGAUGAGAUUCCGCAAGUCGACUGAGAAGCUCACCGUGCCGGAUUGGUACCGUGAACAUCUACCGCAAUCGGGAACUACCAAUACCAGUUCAUAUCGGUAUUCGGAGACACAGAAAACUCAGCAACACCAACCGGUUGCGGUGACAACCACCACCACAACGACCUCGACACCAAUCACACCAGGUGGCGUCGAUUUCCCACGCGGAAUGUUUGAUCGCUAUCGCGAUGAAAUCGAAGACCUCCGACGAUCACGAUCAUCGCUCCAUCAAGUUGGACAAGAAGCUGCUCGACAGGUUGGAUCAGCAUUGAGUAUUUCCGGAAAUGACCCGCAUCGAUCAGCUACGGGUUAUACCGUUUCGGAAGUGCCGAAUGCGUGGAACAUGCAAACCAGUCGCACUUCACGCGUUGUUGAGGUCGCCGACACUUUUGUCGGGACUUCAUCACAUGAAUACGGAAAUAUUUCAACGAGAUACGGAGGAAGAGUGACCGUUGAAGAAGUGUUGGAUUCCAUCUUCCAGAAAGCGCCCCCAGUAGAUCCAAGAAGUCGGCAGACCGAUAAGAGUUAUCCUCAAGCCGACGAGGUUUACCAAGGAAAUCUGGAUGGUCCAAGCAUUUAUACCAACAAUUACAACGUUAUGAGACAAGUGAUCAAGCAGCCAGAUAGAGCUGAACAUCUUCUAGAGAACGAGGAGCUUUAUGUGCGCUGCGCUGAGUGUCACAGAACACGCGAAUUGUCCGCAGCACGCCUUCAAUUUGUUUCAUGUAAACAUUGCUACACCUAUUAUUGUUCAAGAGAAUGCAGGCUCAACAAUUGGAAGCAUCAUUCGGGACGCUGCUCAUUUGCUCGAAUCAACACAUUGUGCAAAGACGUGAUUAUGAAGGUUCGCGAGGAUGAAGAAGCGCAAGCAUUUAUGUCGAAAGUCGCUCGCGAUGGAUUUGCAAGCGGCGGACGUGGCAGUGUGAAUAUUCGGCUAGCGUCGCCGCAAAUCGCGCAAGCGUAUGUGAGCAAUGGAUGGCGAGCGUUGUCCGGAAUUCCGCUUAAUCAAUUGCUUUAUUAUUACACCGUUGCUGCGCUGGUGCAGGAGAAAAAGGAGCCGUCAUUGAUAGCGUUGUGUCGUCGCUAUGAGCCGAGAGAGAAAUUCAUUCUCUCCGUGUCCAUUAUUGCUGAUAUCGAACACUGUCCGGAAACUCCGCCUCCAGAGACACGCGAACUCUUCGGAUCAGCACCGUUCUCUUCGCCGCGUGCUCGUUAUGAAGCUAUCUCAAAUACGCCAUAUUUCUCUGAUGUAGCUCACAAUGUUUAA